UCAUGCAUUAUUGCUCUCAUAGCUUGAGAGAGAGAGAUCGAGAGGGAGAUGGAGGUUGAGAGAAUGUCGAAGAAGGUUGUUGCAAGAAUGUCGGAGCAGUAUCAAGCAGCCAAUGAGAAAAAUUGGGAAAAGUUAAAGGAUUUUUGCUCAGAAACUGGAACCGCGGCUUUUCCUAUUACAGUCACCGGGGACACUGCACUGCAUAUCGCAGUACUGCACAGUGGAAGCGUGAAAUUGGUCCGUAAGUUGCUAGAAAUUACAGAUAUUCGGGUGACAAAUAAUCGUGGAGAUACAGUACUUCAUGAGGCGGCUGGAGUUGGAAACAUCGAGAUGGCAGAAUUAUUUUUGGAUAGAGACGAAGACCUAAUUGAUAUUAAAAAUAAGAGAGAUGAAACUCCUUUGUUUAGAGCCGCUGCAUUUGGUAAGACAGAAAUGGUCGAUUUUUUAGCUGAGAGAGCUAUGGACCAUGGCACCAUGAAGAAUCACAUCAGGAGAGGCGGGAGCUCUAUUCUUCACAUAGCUGUCCUCAGCAGAUACUUUGAUACAGCUUGGCAGUUGCUGAAAAUCGAUAAUUCGCUUCAAUCUCUGAGGGAUGAAAGUGGCAUGACAUGUCUUCAGCUGCUAGCUAACAUGCCAUCUGCUUUCAAGAGUGGAUUCCCUAUGAACAAAUGGGAGUGGCUUCUCUAUCAUUGCCUUCCAUAUGAUGGCGAUGACCUUAAAGAUGAACUGAUGAUUACAUCAACUCAAAGAGAAGAUCUGGAGAUUGGCUGUGGCAGGUGUUGCAGCCGCCAAUUCAACUACUGGAUUGGCAAUACUAGAGUAUUUGCAGCCAUUUCAAGUAUAUAUUCUGCUCUUUGGAGGUGCAUAGCUAAAGGAUUCCCGUACAUUGAAAAACUGUGGGAAAAAAAAAGGCAGCACAAGAAAGCUGAAAAGCUUGCUAACCAUCUAGCUCUGAAUGAGUACAUGACAUGCACGGGUACAAACCCUGGGGAUAGACCGGAGGAUGAUGAAGAAGGAACAGACAAACUGGAGGAUGUGCUUCCAAUCACUAUCUCAUAUUCUGAGUCACCACUACUUUCAGCUGCAAGAAAUGGGAUCAUAGAGAUUGUAGAUGUCAUUCUGAGACUCUAUCCUGAGUCAAUUGAGGUCAUAAAUAAGCGAGAUGAGAACAUAUUUCAUCUUGCAGUGAGAUAUCGAAGGAAAAAAAUCUUUGAUCUUCUCAACCGUUUGCCCAAUCCGACGACAUCAAGGCUUAGGAGGAGGUUCAACUGCGAUGGUGACAGCAUUUUACAUCAAGCUGCUUACUUGAGAGAGCGUCAGCUGAAUGACAGGCCUGGGGAAGCCCUUCGCAUGCAGUCAGAGAUACAAUGGUUUGAGCGAGUUCGGAAAAUUGUUCCUCCACAUUUCAUCAACCACCGAAAUAAGAAACAACAAACUGCUGACGAAUUGUUCACCAGCCAACAUAAGAAACUGAUGAAGGAAGGCCAAAAAUGGAUAGAUCAAACAACAAAGGCAUGCACUAUAGUUGCUGUCCUAAUAGCCACCGUCGCUUAUACCUGUGCCUACACCACCCCGGGCGGUUCCAACUCAAAAACAGGCCAUCCAUUGCUCCUCAAGGAAACUCCAUUUCGCACUUUCACAACCUCGGACACGUUAUCGCUCUGCUUCUCCCUGACAUCUGUGGUCUUGUUCCUCUCCAUCAUGACAUCAAAAAUGGACCAAGAGGAUUUCAGGAGAUCUCUUCCGUUGAGGCUAGUGUUGGGACUAACUACAUUGUUCCUCGCCGUGGCGUCUAUGAUGGUUGCUUUUGCUGCUACGCUUGUGCUUAUAGUUGGGAAGAGGCUACAUUCGGCUGCCACUCCAGUUUACACAGUCGCUUGUUGUCCAGUCGCUCUCUUUCUUGUGCUUGAAUUCCCUCUCUAUCUCAAUAUUGCUUGGUAUACGGUGAGGGAUAUGCGGGAGAGUUUCAUCGACUCUCUUCCUUUUGGGAAACCUAAGGAGGAUAAAAAUUAGCAAUUAGGUGGUUGUUUAGUUAUGCCUACAAUGUAUUUAAUUUUUUUUCUCCCUUUUUUGUUUGACAGUGUGCAUUUUAAUUCCUUUUGUUGUUCUAA